GGAGUUAACCUGGCAGAGAUCUCCUCGUCUCUUCUAUUCCCAGAGGUAGUCCGUGGAACUCGAGGAUGCGGUGGCGAAUGGGGCGGAGUCGAGGGCGCUGCGUUUGAUGAGGAUACCCAAUUCAGACCGACGUCGGCAUCGUCCAGCAGACUUCAACGAAUUAUCGAGAUCAAGUAGAGCUGUAGGUGCCGACGAUAACGAGUCCAACGAGCGCCGCCAUAUCAUUUCCAUGGACCUGACGGAGGCUUUCGCCCCAGGAGGUGGCGGCGAAGAUCUGCCGAAGACAGACUUCUUCGACUUCGUGGUGUCGCCGCCGCCGCACUGCGCCUCGGCCGACGGCGUCGUCUCCGAUGAGGAGAGUUUCCUGCAUCGCGGUGCCAGUGGCUGCCGCGCUAUGGGCAGCUACCUUCAGACCCAUGACGAUCAUGAGGGCUCGCAUGGCAGUUCGCCCUUUAUCAAGGAGACCAAUAACAAUACAUUGACGGCACUGCCGCCUGUUUCGACCAUCACCGGCUCGUUGAGCCAUCAUCAUCAGCAUCAUCACGUGCAUCACCAGGUGCGUUCACAACAUGGAAACGUUCAAACUAGCGAGACCACUGCCAUGGAUCAAUCCGAAUGUGAUUAUUGGGGCCAGGAGGAUGAGAGCAAGGAACAGACAUGUAACAUUCUAUUGGAGGACCUCAAUAAGUACUGUUGGUCUUCAAACGCGCACACCAACGACGGUGUCAUUCAUUCUGCGGCCGGCGGUCCCAACGAUCACCAUCAAGUCGUCGGUUCGGGUCGUGCGGGUUGCACCACCAACGACCGACAGAACACGGACGGUGCCAUCUAUACUCUGACGGUGCUGAACAACGAGGCAAACUCGAUGGAUGCGCUGGAUUGCUGCAAGAGUCCGGCACCUGCGUCCGGCGACUCUUGGUCUUUGCGACCCAACCUCGACUUAGACGCCAUUCUGAGCAUGGAGCCGUCUUCCGGCGAGCAGGAUCACGAACAAGCUAGUGGCGAAGUACCCAGGAGCGUCAAUGAAAGGUUUCAUGGACCAGAUGGCCGUGGUUUUACUGUACCCUCAUCGCAAUACGCUACCGAUGACAGCGGAUUCGUCGAGAGCAAAGAGUUGUGCGCACGAGCAUCCUCGGCUAAUUGUUCCGGCGACAACAAUAACGACUGGAAGCUGUCGGAUCAGAAUCUGCAAGAGGUCGCAGCAGCAGCAGCGGCUGCGGUCGCUGUUGGUGCCGGGGAUUCUGCCGAAAGUCUCUUGAGAAGUGCUCUUCAAGGCAAAUUAUAUACAGGACCAUCCCAAUCAGUUUCCUCGUCCUCACCAUCCUCGCAGGCGUCCACUAUCUCGAUGCCGGUUUCGGGAACCGCGGGUUUAAUGGUGUCCGAUCAGCAACAACAGCAGCAACAGCAACAACAGCAACAACAGGAGGAUUCUAUGCAGACUUGUACCGAUGAGGAUUUGCUGCUGUCACAGCUGGACCAGACGACCUAUCGACCGGGUGAUUACGAGAAGUUGAAGAGCAUCGCGAAUGAAGUAGUGGAAUCGUAUUGCAGCCUCGAGCCGGUUUGUAACGUAUCAGCGACCACUACAGUAAUGUACACAUUAGAUCCAGCAAGUGGGAGUCUGGGUACCAUUACGUUACCGGCCGAUCUGGGCCAGGUGAGCACUGUGACAGUAGUUACGGCUGCUCAGCAGGACGUUCUGCAACAGCAAUCUGCUCAACGAACCGAUGUGGAUCAGCAACAACAGCAGCAACCUUCGGGUCAACUGCAGCUGACUUCUGGACGCGCAGGAGUCACCUCCAAGCCACCGAAAAAAUACGUCAGACGCGCCAAUCGCAAUAGCAACAAUGCCAAUGGCGCCAGUAACGGCAAUGCCGGUACGGAGACCAGCAACGCUAGUCAGCAACAGACUGGUGGUUCCGGUGGUUCACCUAGUAGUGUUCAGCGCAAGGAACGCUCCCUGCACUAUUGCAGCAUCUGCAGCAAGGGCUUCAAGGACAAGUACAGCGUGAACGUACACAUCCGGACGCACACCGGCGAAAAGCCGUUCGCCUGUAAUCUUUGCGGCAAGAGUUUCCGUCAGAAAGCCCAUUUGGCUAAGCAUUAUCAAACCCAUGUGACUCAAAAGCCUGCCAAUAUUCAGCAAACUACUUCCGGAAGCGGUGGAAACAACGGAAACACCAGUCCGACGGCGGAGGCUAAUGCGACUUCUGCGUCUCCCGCCAUCGCCAGCAGGACCCAGAUCGCUGUAGACCCAACGGGAACUGCCUGUAGUCCCCCCAGUUAGUUUGCAGGACACGGACGCGGCACGACGCCAGGCGCGGACACACGUCGUCCACAUUUUCUUUUUUAUUUUUCUCGAAAAAGAUGGCGGCUCAAGCUGGUCUCCGCUUUCUUCUCGUUCUUCAUUUUUUAUGAGCACAAUUUUCUUUCCAUGGAAACGCCGAGCCGAGCUUGCGAGAAAGAGCGAACCAUGACGAGCGCAUUAGAUAGACGUAUCGUAUAUGGGGUGUCC